AUGGAAGGUGGACAUCUUCACGCCCUUCGAUGGCUUCGAGAAAAGAGUUGCGACUGGAACUCCGACACCUGCAUGGCAGCCGCUUCCGGAGGUCAUUUGGGAGUUCUUCAAUGGGCGAGGCUAAACGGAUGCAUUUGGGACACGUCCACUUGUUGGGCAGCCGCACAGCAAGGGCACCUGGAGGUGCUUCGCUGGGCCAGGGCGAACGGGUGCGGAUGGGGUCCUUCCACCUGCUGGGGAGCCGCGAAGGAGGGUCAUCUAGGUAUCCUCCAAUGGGCGAGAUCGAACGGCUGCGUGUGGACAUCGGGCACGUGCUGGGGGGCUGCGAGGGGAGGCCAUUUGCACGUCCUCCAGUGGGCCCGCGCUCAAGGUUGCGCUUGGAACGCUACAACCUGCUGCGGGGCUGCCAAGGAGGGCCAUCUUCAUGUCCUCAUAUGGGCGAGGCAGAACGGUUGCCCGUGGGAUAUCAGGACCAUCACGUACGCUGAGAAGGGUGGUCACGACCAUGUGGUUAGGUGGGCUCGGGCGCACGGACUGUAACACCCUCCCCCCCCACCCCCUUGGCAAUGCGCGAGAGCUACCGAAAAUGAUUUCCAUUUUUCUCGGGGUUCGGGGGUUAUUCUACAUAUCAUGUGGUAGGGUGGACCCGGGCGCAUCGGCGAUAAUCUCCUCCCUCGUAGUCUUAUUGAGACUAUUCUAACGAUUAUGGAAUGUACCAGUUUUUUCAGGGUUCCACAGAUCAACGAUCAACCCAGACGUACGCGCGGAUGUGGACGAUAUUUUGGGAUUGGCUUUCUGUGUGUAUGAAAGGGUUCUAUAGGAUUCCAGCUGUAAACAGGCUGCUUUUUGGGUGCUAGAAAUGGGCUGCGUGUAUCGAUAUUAUAGGGAUACCCAGUGGGGGGGGGGGGUACCGGGACGAUUUUUCUGUCAUUAUUCAGCUUGUAGAUACUGUCGUUUUCGUGCCGAGUGAAGUUUGGCUGCAAUGCACCUAUUUAAACACGCUGGCCUGUAUAUAUGGAAGAAGUUUCUGUUGAUAAUUGUUGUUGAAGUCAUUCGAGUUCGGAUCGAGGCUAGUUACACUAAAGCGUUUCGCUCGUGCACGUUGACAAUGCUUGGUCAAGUUGACAAUGCUUAGUCAAAUAAGCCCCUGUUUCUUGUUGCCCCCCCUGCGGGAAAUAUCCGGGGCAUCCUAUAUCUUGUAUAUGCAAAGUACGUACCGCGGUCGUGUCUUGUCUUUCUUUUUGCUUCGCUAAUGGACACCUACAUGCUAUACGCGAUUGAUUGGCGUUGGUCGAGUGUGCCCUACAGUAUCUCAUGCCUAUCCCGCCGUUUUUGAGGCGGUAGUCUCCAGAUUUUUUUGUGCUACAGGCUUCAUGAUUUUUCUUGGGCUAUGUGUGCCGUGUGAAGUACACGACAGGCCCUAACCUCUCGUGAUAGGGGG